GUACACCAGUGACAGAGGAGCUGCUGCAGCUGCUUGCUUGCUUGCUUGUGUGUGUGCAUUUUCUGGGGAUGCGACGUUUACUGUAAGAAAACGAAUUGCGUUAACCAAACCAAACCGUGCACCUGCCAAAAUACAGCCCGUGGAGCCAGACUAGAAGUUCGGUGAAGGAGUAGAAGAUGGCCGAGCAGCAGAGGCAGCGGUCCCUGUCCACGUCUGGAGAUACGCUAUACCACGUGCUGGGGAUAGACAAGAAUGCCACGCCAGACGAUAUCAAAAAAUCUUAUAGGAAACUUGCAUUGAAAUACCACCCCGACAAGAAUCCAGAGAACCCUGAGGCCGCAGAGAAGUUUAAAGAGAUCAACAGUGCCCACGCCAUCCUGGUCGACAGCACAAAGCGCAACAUCUACGACAAGUAUGGCUCCCUGGGGCUGUAUGUGGCAGAGCAGUUCGGAGAGGAGAAUGUGAAUACGUAUUUUGUCCUGUCCAGCUGGUGGGCAAAGGCUUUGUUUGUGUUCUGCGGUCUUGCGACUGGCUGCUACUUCUGCUGCUGCCUGUGCUGCUGCUGUAACUGCUGCUGUGGGAAGUGUAAACCCAAACCACCCGAGGGAGAAGAGCCAGAGUUUUAUGUCUCCCCAGAAGACCUAGAGGCACAGCUUCAGUCCGACGAGAAGGAUGGAGAUGCACCAAUCGUGAUGCAACCGGCAUCAGCCACAGAAACCACCCAGCUGACAGCCGACAGCCACACCAGCUACAACACUGACACAGGAUUUAACUAGAUCAACCACUCGGCCCUGUCAUUUCACACCUUACAGUUUUAAAGAGGAAACAAGACAAGGUCAUUUCACUACUGGAGUAGAGAGUGCCUGAGGGAGAGAUUGGAGUGUGGGGAGUUUGACGGGGGGACGACGAACUUUCACAGACAUCUUCUGCCAUGAAAACAAUAGACAUCAACAUUGAGAUGAGUUUUUAUUUUUUUCCCUCCUUUUUUCUUCUUUGGUCUCCAUUGCUCCCAAGGCCUUCCAAGACACGUGAAGUUCUGUAGCAUGCAGUAUUUAAAGCAGUUUAGGUAGGUUUUUAAGUUAUUCUAGUCGUAAAUAUUUAUGUGGUUUUAUUUAAUCCACUGUAGGAUUGAUGUUUGUACUCAGGUGAUGCAUCGGAAGUAACCUUCUGCAGUGGUUUGAUAAUAUCUUUGGACCCCAAUAAAGUGGUAGCCAGCUGUUAAGGUUUUUAGGGGAA